CCGCUUCCUUUAUCUUUCUCAAUCUGCGCCUAAAUUCCGUCUGCCUCAGCCGUGCCCUUUUCCGCGACUUCCUCUGUUGCAGUCCCUGUGUUGCUCAGACAAGCCCUCAGGAAGGAUGGAGCUGGGCCCUCUGAGCGCUCUUCCCCUGCCAGGUGGGCCAUUGCAGAGGUGUGCCGGGGAAGAAACCCCCUGGGAGGCAGUGCGGGAGGAAGGGGCUUUGCUGCCCGGCUCCAGUGAGUUCCCUUGACAGCUGCAGAACGAGAGGCGUCCCCGGAGCCCACCUUCCCGCACCAAGGACGGCUUCUUCUAGCUCCAGGUUCCGCGAGCACCCGACUCCGCGGUGCAGGCUGCCAGCAUGCUGCUCCAGCUCCUGCCCUAUAGCCGCAAAGGCGCGCCCCUGAACAGCUUUCCUGGCACUCCGGAGGGACUGCCAGACGUCCUGCCAGCGCUUCUCCGCCAUUUGGUGAGCUGUAGCUAGGCUAUCUCCAAGCAAGUUGGACCUCAGCCCUGGGGCUACCGCUCCUGCAGCGAUUCUGACACCAGCUGUGUGACACCAGAUCCUGACACCCAGCAAUUCUGUGACAUCGGCUGGGUAUCCCACUGUAACUCACUCUGGCACCAUCCACCUGGAGACGGCAUCAGAUCCACAGGUGGAGGGCUUCAUCCUGCAAGAACCCCUACACUUCAGACGCCAACCGCGAGUCCAAAGUGGUAUCUGUGCUUCUGACCAAUUGGCUAUGAAUAUGAAUUAGGGUUCCCAUGACCCUCCCUCAGGUGCAAUUAACUUGUUAGAGCGGCUCACAGAACUCAGAGAAAGAGUUCACAGACUGUUUACCAACUUAUUAUAAAAGGAUAUGACAAAAGCUACAGGUAAGCUUCCAGAUGAAAGAGAUGUCUGGACCAAGGUAUAGGGACGGACACACGGGGGUUCCAUGUCUCUCCAGGUCACCAAUCCACCAGCACCACCAUGUGCUCACCAACCCAGGAGCUCUUUGAACCCAGGGAAAUAAUGAGGACCCACCAAAUGAGAACAAGAAAAGGCUAUUUGUUCAGAGCCUGCGAUAGUGAGGGAGUCACUCCAUCACCUGGCCUGGUAGAGGCCCAGAGGCAGCAAGGGAGGGGGAGAGCUUCCUGGUGGAAAAGGGGGACUCAGGGGUGCCCUGAUGGGGGCUGUGUGCCUGAGGGAGCCAGAGAUGAACUCUAGAGAAGUGGGGCAUCUCCUGUGUUCGAUUUUCUCUGGUUGGUCCUGAGUUGGACCCGGGAACAAAAAUUAGGUAAGAUGUCAGUUAUUGACCGAGUCCUGGCCAUCUGGCUUAUUUGGACUGUCAGAGGGUAUUGUAUGGCUUUCUGGGUUGUCACCAGAGCCAGCAGUCUGAAUUGCCCCAAGUCUGACUUCGAGCAGCCGGCUUCCUGGGCGGGCUUCUGCAGAGGAGGCAUUGGUUUUGGGCGGGCUGCUGCAGGCCAUGGGCCUAUUUUCAUAAAUGGUCUGGCCACUGGCCACUUGUAUAUUCAGUUUCUCAUAAUAGGCACUGAUGAGCCAGUGCAGUGUUAACAGAAAACAUUUCUCCCAAGGUCACAACUCAGCUGUGAAGUGUCCUGACAGCCUCUUCCUUCUUACCGGUAACCUCCAUAGCCCGCUCUGUGGCCCCACCUCAUGAACAAAAAUACCUAAGACCCAGCUACUAAGUGGUCCACACUUCGUGACAGCAACCAUCUGAAGAUGGCCCUCACUUCCCCUCUUCCCUCCUCAGAAUUAUUCAGUGCAACCCCAAACCUUACAAAAUUCCCUCUCCAGUCUCCUCAUGAGACACAAUGCAGAAAUCUCUAGGGUUCUCUCUUUGCAACAGGUUAAUAAACCAGACCUGGUCUAUUAGGUUUAUCCCUAGUGGACUUGACUGUUGGGCAUUUUCACCCAGCUCAAGUAUCUUCUCCUCCACUCAAUCUUUGGAUGCAGUUUUUCCCUCCUCCAGCCCCAGAAUACUUUGUGUGUCCUGGUGCUAGAGUUAAUUAGCUAGAGUUAAUGUUAGGACAUUUCCUCUACUAGACUGUAAGGCCCUUUAGAGACUGUGUGGGAUUCCUCUUUGUGUCCGAGUUCUAAUGAGACAAAUGAUGUGCACCUGGCCAGACAAAGAUGGACACAGUCUCCCCUGGCUAAGCUCUCGAGUGUUCAAGAAAGCCCUGAACAAGUGAAGAUUUAUCUUCAACUGACCCUCUCAAAGACAGUUUUCUAUGGACUCAUGUCUUGGCUAGAUUCCAGCUAAUUGGUGUGGGUUUUGUUUGUUUGAAGUUUAUUUUGACAAAGAGAAAGAGAGAGCGUGUGCACACACACACACGCACACACAUGCACACACAGCACUUGAGCAGGGGAGAAGCAGAGAGAGAGGGAGAGCGAUAAUCCCAAGCAGGCUCUGCACUGUCAGUGCAGAGCCCGACUGGGGGCUCAAACUCACGAACUGUGAGAUUGUGACCUGAGCCCAAACCGAGAGUUAGAUGCUCAACAGAGCCACCCAGGUGCCCCCCCCCUUUUUUUAGUGAAUCUUUUCACUGUUCCGAAGGCUGACUUCAGUGUUUUCUUUCUUGUCCCUCUCCCCCAUCCAGGAUCUCCCCCAUGAGACUAAAGAGCACAUAACUAACGAGAGGUCUCCAAAUUGUCCUUGGACACAUGCACCUCAUACCAUGCUGUGCCCAUGACAAAUCCAGUGGGUUGAUUUACUCAGCAAAGAAAAGAAUUUCAACUCACUUCGAGUGAAUUCUCUUUGUAAUUUCAAGUUUCCAGGCCUGUAAAUGAUAAAGGACCAAACCAACUCUAGAUUGUGACAGUCCCUGUGGAGUACAGCCACCCUGCGUGGCCUCCUGUGGAAGAGACCCCGCCAGCUCCCCGUUGACAUUUCCUUGGCUGUAACUCCUUAUGUAUUCUUCCAGAGCCAAAUUGGUAAUAUUCUUUUCCAGGCAUAUAUCCCAGUUGGCUUGGAAGAAUAGUGGAGUUAUUCUUUGGAGAUGUGGAUUUGAAGAAAGUUCUUUUCGAUAGUCUGUUAAGUCGUUAAAAUGAUGCUGAGAGGUCUGUCUCCCUUUGUGCCUGUCUCAUGCACCCUCCCUGUACAACUCAAGUGAGCUUUGGUUCUAUGGUAGUUAAUGUUUUGGCACCCUUUUUGUUUUAGGUGUAUUUAUUUAUUUGGAGGGGGGCAGAGAUAGAAAGAAUCCCAAGUAGGCUUAGAGCCAUCCGUGCAGAGCCCAAUAUGGAUCUCAAACUCACUAACUGGGAGGUCAUGACCUGAACCGAAGUCAGAUGCUUAACUGACUGAGCCACCCAGAAGCCACUGGCACUUUCUUAUUCUUUGGAAAACAGUUUCCAUAGAGCAUCGUCUCCUCUCUAGUGAAUUUUGUUAUGAUUUUAGAAAGCAGCUCUUCUCUUUCCGUCCUGGGGAGAGCCCACCUUUUUUGGUCACACAUAUACACCCACACCCUUACACCGUUUCUCUAUCUCGUGGCAGACUCACGGAAGGCAAACAGCACCAAACUCUUGAGCUAGAAAAACCUAGCCUUCCAGGAGAUCAUGAGCAAGCCUCCUAACUUCUUUCGGUAAAUGUUAUUUUCCAUGUGAGCAAUCUGGAAGUAAAACUCCUGCUCCGUCUCAUGAGAUUUAAUAAAAUACAUAAUGGGAUUCGUAUACGCUGAAGUGCUUGAAUGGAAUUAGCAGGUGCCAUAAGUAAAAUGAGUUUCGAGCACUGCUCAGCUCUUUACUUACAGAACUCCGUUCUCGCCUUGCGAGCCUGAUCCCUGAUCCCAGACCCCCGAACGUGCAGUCCGUGCCCCCGGUCCCCUCGGAGAAGGCCCUACAAUCUCCGACCAGCCGCACCCUUUCCGGCUUCAGUACCUUCCCCGGCGCGGCCCUCCCAACCCAGUCAAGCGCUCCACAAAAGCAGAAGAGAAGGAAAUACUUUUAUUUCAGCGAAAGAAUAGACCGGGACGGGCUGCGCACCACGGGCAAACCACUCACGGGAGGCGACGACAAAGAAAGCGCUCUCGCGCUCAGCCCAGCGGGACCGGCCCUGCCUGCCGGCCGUGCGCCCUCCCCGCGCCGGGACCCCGGGCGCCGGGAUCCCUGAGCCGUCAGGGACACCACUCGAGCGGAGAGGGCCGUGAGGCGGAAAGGGGGGUGCGCACCCCGAUGGGAGCGGACAGGACGCGGGCCCCCCCACCCCACGCCCCCGCGGCCCCGGACAGCCGUUACCCGACUUCCGCCCGCGUCCUCCCGGUGGCCGACUUCUGGCGCGUUGCGUGACGUCAUUGCGGCCGGCUUCCGGCGCGCUGACUUGUGCUCGGCGCUGCCAUGUGUCGCUGGCGACAGGAGGCUGCCAGGCGGCCUGGGCAUCCGAGGCCAUCGCGGGUACCCGGCGGCGCUCGCGCCCUGCUAAGGCCAGGGGAGGAUCGGCCGUGGGGGCAGCGCCGCGGGGAUGGGGUCGCGGCCGGGGGCGGUGUCCCGGCGCCGGCUGACCGCGUGUCCUCCUCGCGGCGCUGCCUCGGGGAAGUGACGCCGCUCACGCAGCUGCUCCCCGGCCGACGGCGCCCGCCACCCCGCUUUCACCGGAAGCCCUUGCAGAAUCCGCCGAGUGUGCCCGGGGGUCUCGGCCCGCCGUUCCGGAGACUGAUCGUAGCUGGGGAGUACUUGCCGGGAAGACUGGCAGGAGGGCAGCUCUGGUCCACGUGCAGACGCUGACCACACCGGCCUUGAGGACACACUCAGUCUCAUGUUUCUGCGGUCUUGUGAGCAAGGCGUUGACUGAACUCUGGCGCAUCUUCAGAUGUUCAAAUAGCAGCCAGCCUUGGGACAUACAAGGGAGUGCCUCCCUCUGGGGCAGAGAGCAGCAUGCUUGAAACUGGCGGGCCACCUUGUCACCCUGCCCAGCACAUGACAGUACUGUCCGCGGUCCCCCAGUGUGUCAGCCACCGCAAUCCCAAGACGCAAGAGCCCUGAGAGAUGGCCUCGUUGGUGGCUGCCAAGCCAUUCCUGGCAUCUGCAGUGGUUUGGAUGCCACUGCGCUGUCUGCUUCCAAAACAAGGCUCGUCGCUGUCAUUGUGACCCCGGCCCCUCUGACAGCUCCUGUGUGGGAAGAUGGGGAUAGUUAAUAAAAUCUUUUCAGUGUGUGGUUCAGCCUGGAGGGGUCUCCUUUCUUGUCACUCCUGUCUUUGCAAAUGGCUGUGUAGGUGAUGGGGCCCCAGCCCCCUACCAUCAGGAGCUUUACCUGGAGCCUCAGAGCAGCCUCUGCUGCCUUGACAGACUUCCUUCCCUCUAGUCCUCACCAGCGCGGUGAGACCUGGGUGUGGGGCACAUCUUCACACCUGCACACACAUGCAGGUGGCCAGGCCCAUGUGUGGGCUGACACUCAGUGUGAGCGAUGCACACGCAGUUGACUUGUUGGAAAACUGACGCCGGCCCUCUGGUGGACUACACCUGCCCACUCCCAGGUUUAGGGGUUUAUUUAGCUCAUGUUGGUGAGGCUAUUGGCAAGGAAUGUCAGCAGGCCCAGCUUGCAUCAGAAAACAUGUGUGGUCAUGCAUGCGGUCAGUCUGUUAACUGAUAGUGUGAAUGCACAGUGCCCACAGGUGUAACUCCAGGCCACACCAGAAGUGUACUUUCUGGGAGGAAACCCCCGGGGUGGAGGGGGAAGAGUGGGCGGUGGCUGACGAGGUGCCCUCCCUGGUGGGGCCUUCCCUGCAGCAGCCUGCGGUUCGGUAUGCCCUCCCCAGUCAGGUGGGUGUAAAUCUUUUUUUUUUUUUUUUUUUUAACGUUUAUUCUAUUGAGAGACAGAGCAUGAGUAUGGGAGGGGCACAGAGAGGAGGAGACUGGGAAUCUGAAGCAGGCUUCAGGCUCCGAGCUGUCAGCACAGAGCCUGACACAGGGCUCAAGCUCACAAACCACGAGAUCAGGACCUGAGCCAGAACUCGGACACUUAACCGACUGAGCCACCCAGACACCCUAGAUGGACGUAAAUCUUGAGUGAUCCGGGAACCUGCCAGGGAGAAACCAAAAAGGUUAAGGGCAUCAGCAGGGGCCAGGGUGGGGCCGGGAAGGAGAGGGACCUGGCUGAGGGAGGCAUCUUGGAACUUCCGCUGACCUCAUGAGGUCAGAAGAGUGAAACACCCCCUGUGCUCCUGCUCAGUGCCCCAGCUGAAAUCCCGCAAGGGGUUUGUCGUGCCCCCCAAGAUGGGGAGGCAACCAGGAAGGGAAAGGACUUGGUGUGAUGUCAUCCCCAUCUCCAGAUAAGACUGGUUAGGCCCGAGGUCACGCUGACAGCCCAUAAAGCCCAUAGCAAGCUCCGCCCAGGGUCCAAAUCCCCAAGCUCAGGAUGGUCUUGACAUUUCUACCAGGAAAAACCCAAAGAGAACUAUCCAGUGAUGUGAAAAUGGAUUCCGUUCAGGUUUUUGUGUCCCUGGAAUUUCAGACCUCACCUGAGUUCCUCUAGUGUUAAUGCAUGCUGGGGGACGGGGGACCCCAUGGGUUGGAGAUUGGGGAAGUGACAUCCUGGGUCAAGAUUCUCCCGAGCACUGGUGUGGAAAAGCCCUUCAAAAGCACCAGGCCUGUCUUGAUGGAAGGGCCAGGCCAACAGCUCCCAAGAGAAGAGGGUGUGCAAGGGUGCCUGCCCAGUUUAAUCGGGCAUUUAAAUAAGCAUUUCCCAGUCUUACUAGGUUGUAUUCAUCUUAAUGAAUUUGAGGGGCAAAAAAAAUCCCUUAACUUGCAUGUCAGUUACUGCAGAGUUCAAAAAGUGGGUUCAUUGAAAGGCAGUUAUUAAACAGACUAGUUUUUGAGUACAGGCCCCCAAAAGCAUCCCACAGAUGACUCAAUUUUGGCCGAUACUCCGACCUCCGCAUGACCCAGCGGGUGGAGACAGAACUGUCCGCCUGGAGGAUGCCAUGGGGUCAAGGAGGCUGGAGACAAAUCUGAGCCAGCCGGUCUGCCCAUUGUAGAGAGCUCUCUACUAUUCCUAGAUACUUACUACUGAAGGGAUAGGCCGGGGGAGGGGGGGACAGGCUUCCUGUGGCACGACUCUCCCGAGCCUCAGCCUCAGCGUGAGGAUCCCAGGCCACCAGCCCUGUGGUGUGGUGCAGUCUGACCUGGAGCAGGGUUUGUCAUUCGCAUCCUGGUGUGGCCUUGCACAAUUACAAGAAUGUUACUCUAGACCCCGGCCCCAAGCUCUGGGCUUCAGCAUUCCCCACUCUUAAUCAAGAUACAAGGUACCCACCCUAAAACGCACCUAGUGUUGAGCUCUGAGAGUUCACACACAUGGGGUUGGCAGCCAUGACCACGUCAAGCCACACGAGUGACCCUCCCCCCUGCUUGGGCCAAGGCGUGGGCAUAGAGACCACAGAGGGUCCAAGCUUACUGAGGCAGUCAGCAGAAACCUUCCAGAGCCCCCAGUGCCUCCACCAUCGGGAGUCCGCCCUCUGGGUGGGGGAACCAGGAAGCAAGGGUGAAAGCCCCUCUCGGGAGGGAGCGGCAAGGGGGGAGGGCAGCCCCUCCCCAGGGCCAGAACCCACUUCCUCCUUUACCACACGCGCUCAGGGAGACAGGCCCAGAGGGCUGGGCCUACUCCCAGCACCCUCCCCUCCCCUCUGUCCCUCUGCACAGGAAGGUCGGGGCCACCUGGCCCGGGUGCCUCCCGCCAGCAGGAUGGAUGAGGAAGGCCCUGACUGCGGCAAAGCCGACUUUGUGCUUUUGGACCAAGUGACCAUGGAGGACUUCAUGGAAAACCUAAAGCUCAGGUUCGAGAAGGGCCGCAUCUACACCUACAUCGGCGAGGUGCUGGUGUCCGUGAACCCCUACCAGGAGCUGCCCCUGUACGGGCCUGAGGCCAUCGCCAAGUACCAGGGCCGUGAGCUCUAUGAGCGGCCGCCCCACCUCUACGCUGUAGCCAAUGCCGCCUACAGGGCGAUGAAGCGGCGGUCCAGGGACACCUGCAUUGUUAUCUCAGGGGAGAGUGGGGCAGGGAAGACAGAAGCCAGCAAGCACAUCAUGCAGUACAUCGCUGCCGUCACCAACCCCAGCCAGAGGGCAGAAGUGGAGAGGGUCAAGGAUGUGCUGCUCAAGUCCACGUGCGUGCUGGAGGCCUUCGGGAACGCACGCACCAACCGAAACAACAACUCCAGCCGCUUCGGCAAGUACAUGGACAUCAACUUCGACUUCAAAGGAGAUCCUGUCGGGGGGCACAUCCACAGCUACCUGCUGGAGAAGUCUCGGGUCCUCAAGCAGCACGUGGGCGAACGGAACUUCCACGCCUUCUACCAGGUCCUGCGGGGCUGUGAGGACUCACAGCUGGAAGACUUGCACCUGCAGAGGAACCCCGCCCUGUACAGCUUCACCCGGCAGGGAGCGGGGCUCAAUCCCUUGGACAGUGACGAGAGGAGCCACCACCAGGCAGUGAUGGAAGCCAUGCGGGUGAUCGGCUUCAGUCCCAAGGAGGUGGACUCCGUGCGCCGGAUCCUGGCCGCCAUUCUGCACCUGGGAAACAUCGAGUUUGUGGAGAUGGAGGAGGGCGGGCUGGAGCAGGGGCACGUGGCCGUGGCCGAGGAGGUGUUGGUGGACCACGUGGCCGAGCUGACGGCCACGCCCCGGGAGUCGGUGAUGCGCUGCCUCUUGUCUCGAACUGUGGCCUCAGGAGGCAGGGAGCUCAUUGAGAAGGGGCACACGGCUGCAGAGGCCAGCUAUGCCCGGGACGCUUGUGCCAAGGCAGUGUACCAGCGGCUGUUUGAGUGGGUGGUGAACCGGAUCAACUGUGUCAUGGAACCCCGCGGCCGGGACCCCCGGCGUGACGGCAAGGACACAGUUAUCGGCGUGCUGGACAUCUAUGGCUUUGAAGUGUUCCCUGUGAACAGCUUCGAGCAGUUCUGCAUCAACUAUUGCAACGAGAAGCUGCAGCAACUGUUCAUCCAGCUUAUCCUGAAGCAGGAGCAGGAGGAGUACGAGCGGGAGGGCAUUGCCUGGCAGAGCGUGGACUACUUCAACAACGCCACCAUCGUGGACCUGGUGGAGCGGCCCCACCGUGGCGUGCUGGCCGUGCUGGAUGAGGCCUGCAGUGCCGCGGGCACCAUCACUGACCGGAUCUUCCUGCAGAGCCUGGACACGCACCACCGCCACCAUGCACACUACACCAGCCGCCAGCUCUGCCCCACAGACAAGACCAUGGAGUUUGGCCGAGACUUCCGGAUCAAGCACUAUGCAGGGGAUGUCACGUACUCAGUGGAGGGCUUCAUUGACAAGAACAGGGACCACCUGUUCCAGGACUUCAAGCGGCUGCUGUACAACAGCUCAGACCCCACCCUGCGGGCCAUGUGGCCAGACGGGCAGCAGGACAUCACAGAGGUGACCAAGCGCCCCCUGACAGCCGGCACCCUCUUCAAGAACUCCAUGGUGGCCCUGGUGGAAAACCUGGCCUCCAAGGAGCCUUUCUACGUCCGCUGCAUCAAGCCCAAUGAGGACAAGGUGGCCGCAAAGCUGGACGAGGGCCACUGUCGCCACCAGGUCGAGUACCUGGGGCUGCUGGAGAAUGUGCGUGUCCGGAGGGCCGGCUUUGCUUCCCGCCAGCCCUACCCUCGGUUCCUGCUCAGGUACAAGAUGACCUGUGAGUACACGUGGCCCAACCACCUCCUGGGCUCCGACAGGGCAGCCGCGAGUGCCCUCCUGGAGCAGCACGGGCUGCAGGGCGAUGUGGCCUUUGGCCACACCAAGCUUUUCAUCCGCUCACCCCAGACUUUGGUCACACUGGAGCAGAGCCGCGCGCGCCUCAUUCCCAUCAUCGUGCUGCUGCUGCAGAAGGCAUGGCGCGGCACGUUGGCUAGGUGGCGCUGCCGGCGUCUCCGGGCCGUCUACACCAUCAUGCGCUGGUUCCGGAAGCACAAAGUGCGCGCUCACCUGGCGGAGCUGCACAGGCGCUUCCAAGCCGCGAGGCAGCCCCCCUUGUACGGCCGGGACCUGGUCUGGCCGACCCCCCCUGCUGUGCUGCAGCCCUUCCAGGACACCUGCCGGUUGCUGUUCUGCAGGUGGCGGGCCCGGCAGCUGGUGAAGAACAUCCCACCUUCAGACAUGGCCCAGAUCAAGGCCAAGGUGGCUGCCAUGGGGAUCCUGCAAGAGCUGCGGCAGGACUGGGGCUGCCGACGGGCCUGGGCCCGGGACUACUUGUCUUCUGCCACCGACAACCCCACAGCCUCUGGCCUGUUCGCCCAGCGACUGAACGCUCUCCGCGAGAAGGACGGCUUUGGGACUGUGCUCUUCUCCAGCCACGUACGUAAGGUGAAUCGCUUCAACAAGAGACAGGACCGGGCGCUCCUGCUCACUGACCGGCACCUUUACAAGCUGGACCCGGGCCGUCAGUACCGGGUGAUGCGGACCGUGCCCUUGGCCUUGGUGACCGGGCUGAGCGUGACCAGUGGGCGGGACCAGCUGGUGGUGCUGCACGCGCGGGGCCAGGACGACCUAGUCGUGUGUCUGCACCGCUCCCAGCCGCCGCUGGACAACCGCGUCGGGGAGCUGGUGGGGGUGCUGGCGGCGCACUGCCAGGGGGAGGGGUGCGCCCUGGAGGUCCGUGUCUCCGACUGCAUCCCGCUGAGCCAGCGCGGGGCCCGGCGCCUGGUGUCAGUGGAGCCGAAGCCCGAGCAGCCGGAGCCAGAUUUCCGCUGCAGCCGUGGGGCCUACACCCUCCUCUGGCCGAGCCGCUGACCGGCCGAGCCGCUGACCCGCCGGCCGUGCCUUGCACCCCCCCACCCAACGCCAGCCCCGCAACGCACAAUAAAGGAAGCGUGUCUCUGCC